AUGCAAGUAUCCCAAAAAUGGGUGGCUUUUGAGGCAUGCGUCACCGUUAACUGGGAGGAAAUCAGAGAUCAUGUCAUACACUUUCGAGUACUCGGAGAAUCAAGAUUAUUCACACUGGACGGAAAUUUUCGUAAUACAAACAUUAUUGAUCUAGUAAAGUUUCAUCUCGAAAGCGGUUCACCCAUAGCAGAUGAAGUGAAACUUUUGAGGCCUAUACCAAAACAAAGAUGGGAGCUGACAAAAGAUAAGUUAACAAUGGGAGAGGAGCUUGGACAUGGAGAGUUUGGCGAAGUGUAUGCUGGGAAACUCAAGGAAGGGUUGAACAGGGAAAUCGACGUUGCCAUCAAAAAGGUGUCUUUGGUUAAGCUACAUCCGGACCGUUGA